AUGAGUGAGCAGUCAGUGACCUAUGUGGACCUCAGAUUUCAUACUCCCGCAGAGCAGAAGAGAAAACGAAGACCAAAGCACACCAGGAUCAUAGAAACCAGUGAGCAGGAAAUAACCUACUCUGAUCUGAAGUUUCACACUCCUUCAAAGCAGCAGAGGCAACAAAGACCUACAAGUGCAGAGAGCAAAGAAUCUCCUUCUCCAUCUUCACCAUGGCUCAUUACAGUGAUUCUGGGGCUCCUCUGCCUGGCUUUGCUAGUAACUGCAGGGGUUUUGGGUGCCAAGUUUCUCCAGGCUUCCCAUCAAGUAAGAAGUGAGGAACUUAUCCAGAAACAGGCUAUUCUGAAAAACUUCACCCAAUUGCAGAAAACCCUGAAAAACUGUACUCAGCAAAGAGAUGAUCUCCAAGCCAAUAACACAGAACUCUCAAAUGCUGUGAAUAGGGAAGGAGAUAAAUGCAGCUCUUGCCCUGAAGGCUGGAUACAGCAUAGAAGGAAGUGUUACCAUUUUACACAUGAAAGGAGCUCCUGGCAGAAGAGUCGAGAAUACUGCUCGUCUCACAGCUCCAGACUGCUGAGGAUAGAGAACAAGGAAGAACUGGAUUUCAUAAACAGACUGGCGUGUUUUCACUGGAUUGGACUAUUCCGUACGGGAGCUGCUACAAGCUGGAUGUGGGAGGAUGGCACAGCUCAUUCCACUGACCUGUUCCAAGUAAAGAAGAAAGAGCCUGGAGAGUCCUGUGCACUUUUGAAUGCAGGAGAAGCCUCCUCCUAUAAUUGUGCACAACGAUAUUGCUGUAUUUGUGUGAAGAGAGCUGCUUAG